CUUUUUUUACCUUUCUAGUGAAAUUUGAAGGUGAUGUUAUUUGUCUAAUGUGAUCUUCACCAACUGUGUUAUUCAAAGAGUUUAUUUAAAGCUAAUUACUAAAAGCCUGAUCUUAACCUUUAGAGUUGGAUAGAGUUCAGUUCUCUAUCCUUCAUAAUUUCUUUGCUUUCUUCUUAGCUUUGAUUUUAAUGUCUGUCCCAUGUUUUCUGAAAUGACAGAAGCAAUUAGUGGUUGAAAACUGAAUCGCCAACUACUUGGCAUUGUUCUGCUUUGAUUAUCAUCACUCUUGAAGUAGUUUUACCAAGUGAAGAUUAGACUGCAUGUAAAUUGAUGGCUAAUGCUAGCUUUCUGUCUUAGCAGAUCUCUUCAACUAAUGAACUGAGGGGUUAAGAGAGUGCAUAGUAGGUUUGCUAUCACAUGCAAAUACUUAAAAGAUGUGACUAAUUGUUUUUUCUGGAGCAGGGUGUACUUGUUUUGGAUGGUAGCACAAAACCCCAAACCUUUUGUUGAACAGUCAUAUCCUGUAACUUGUAUGCAGCUCAUUAACGUGACUGGCUAGAAACCUGUUUUGUUCUUCAAUAUUUUUCUGUUGCAUUUUGGCAUAUCUUCUUCAAUUCUUAAAUGGGUUUCUUUUGGAGCUUUAAAAAAAAGGAAAAAAAUCGUCUCAUAAGAUGGAGGAUGAAAAAACUGGGAAUCAGUUGUAAAAGCACCUAAAAUAAGCUUUUUACUUUAAUUAUGCUCCUUAAAUAAAAAGUUUUUGGAAAUUACUAGGCCAUGGUUGUUAUCUUUAGUCAUUAGCUUUUUCUGUAGUGAAAAAUGCAAAGUUAAGCACUUCAGAGGUUUUUUGUUGUUUGUGGGUUUUUUUGCUAUAAAGUCAGGUACAACGUAAUCAUGUUAACUAGAUCUGGGUUUUAGUAACACUAAAAUUACAGUUGCUUUUUGAAGGAAAAGUAUCUCUCGUUUUUAAAAUAGCUUAUUGGUGUAGUGUCUUCAGAGUUUGAUCCUGAGUGGGACUGGAGCUGUAGCUUGCCUGUGCAAGUAGCGUUAUUGCUGUUCUUGCAGUAAGAUAAUGAUUCUUCACUUUCUGUCCAGAAUUGGUUGUGACUUGGUGCAUAAGUCUGAUUGCACCUGGAGUCUCAGUAGUCUGCAUCAGCAGCUCUGUCGGGUUUUGCUUUGCAUUUUCUUAGCUGUUGGUCAGUGUAAAUGUGAGCAUGGAUUUCAUGGGUUUGUGUGAGCCCCUGCACUUCUGCCUCAGCGUUUGGGGCUGCGGGGAGGGGUGGCAGGCAGUGUGGUAGCUGCAUCAGAAUUUCCACGUGAGCAAGUGUAUUUGACUUGAGCCUACAAGAAGAAAGGCAUCCUGCUACACAAACGUCUUUCCUUUUGUCAAGGGUAGAUACUCUUAAGACAGCUCAGCUUUUUCCUUUGUGUUUUGUAUGCUACUUCUGUGUAGUGACUAAGUUCAUACGUUGAAGGUACAUGCUAAUUUUUAAAUAGGGCAUUUUAAAGGUAGUAUUUAAUGUCAGCACAGUUUAACAAAAUACUUAGAAUUCUAAAUUUAAAGCAAAUUUGAAAUGUGAAGGCUUCAGUUACUGCUGAAAAUCCAUGUGCCUCAAGGACUGGUGCAAAGUGAAUGUAAUACAUCUGAUGCUUGAAAAUCUACUCAAGUAGGUGUGCUCCUUAGUACGGGUCUGUGCAAAUGGAGUUCUUGUCGGCAUAUGCCCCUUCUAGGGGUGGUGUAGGCUGCGAACACAAGACUGGAGUACCUCAUACUAAAAAACCCAACAACAAAAAAACAACACCAUGACAACCAAAAACAAACAAAAAAUUAAUCUACACAUAAAAAACAUUGAACAUGAAAUCUGUAGUCAUGCAUGCAAGUCAAGCAAGUAGAGAAUAAUUACCGUGGAGUAUUAGUCUUAUGUAUCGAGUGAAUAAAGAGAUAGGCUUGUGGGCACAGUGAUAUAUCUUCAAAGAUGCGGUGGUAUGAUUUUAGUUCUCUAUCUCUUUAACAUUUAUUUAGUGGACACCAUGUUGUUUUACUGUGAAUAGGUUCAACACUUAGAUAUCAAGUCCUAAAGGUUUCAAAAUAUAUCUAAGACUCGUCAGUGUUAAGCCUUCAGUGCUAAAGGCAUUCACUGAGAAGUUAAAGAAAUCCAAGGUUGCUUCUUCCAGUUCUGGUAACAUGUCUUCUUGGACAAAAAGCACCAUUUCAGAAGGCAGAGGUACAUUUUUUUAUUAAAGGUGAUUAAUUUAUCCAAGUAAUUAAAACCUCUGGCUGUAUGUUUGGGGAAGGAAGGAAGGAACAUAAUAUGGCUGACAUAAGUAUCAAAAGAGAGGCAACAAAGUUAGCUGAGGUAUGCAGGUGUACCUGAGACUUUGGCUUAGUAUUUGUGCACUGAAUUGCCAUGUGCUGGGAAGAUUCCCUUUUGCUGGUUAAACUUAAGUGGCUAAGAGGGUGCCUGAUUCUGUAUGUCAUUUUCUGUUGUCUUGCAUCCAGGAGAAUGUGCUUUAUGCUGUCACUGUUACCUGUAGUAAUCUGUAAGCUACCCUCUUUAAAAAACAAAAUAAAUAAAACUAAAAAAAAACCAAACUGCAGGUUCUGUUGAUGAUGCUCAAAAGAUUCAGCCAAGUCCUUUGUCAGAAGACUGUCUACUCUUGCAGUGGCAUACCAGAAUCAAUUGCUGGAAGCUGAAGAUGGACUAGUAAGUAGGAGUUGAUGCCAACAGGCAUAACUGUUUCAACAUGGAACUAAAGAAAAAGUUGAGUCUCCACCUCUAAGACUGAAAGUUUUUCUGAGGGUAGCAGUAGACAACACAGAUCACUGUAGGUAAGGGGUGACUGGCUGCAUAUGUAAUGACUCAAAUGUUCAGGCACAAGGUAUAUAAUCCUUCUGGUUUUCAAAGAUUGAUGGGUUGAUGAAAUUGUUCCAUCUUUACAGUUUGGACAGCAUAGUAGACAAGGGAAAUGGUGUGGGCUCAGUCUUUUUUCUGCACCGUUCUUCCUCAGUGUCAAGAGACUGAGAAGAGGAGACAGGACCAUCAUUCCUUAGGAUCCCACAGGUCCUCUAAAGAAUCUGAAGGCAGUGGAUCUGUGAAGGCCUGUCAGCAAGCUCCAGGAUUCCAUUCCAGGGAUGCUCCAGUAGUGAAGAGAACAAAGAGGGGGGAAAAAAAAUCAAAACCACCAACACCAAAAACGGUUCUGGUGUCAAACUACCUCACUGGCUUUGAAUGCUAGUUGAAUGCUUAGCAAUGAAACUGCCCUAGUGCUGAGAGCAUGGCGUGGUCCUCAGUCUGUUCCCAGCCUGCUUCUGGUGGAACUUGAAGGGGAGGAAUCUGUAUCCUCAUCUCCAUCUUGGGAAGUCUUCAGUCAUUCCUUUUUCUGUGUUGGUACACAACCUUCUUUUGGAACUGAAGAUUGGAUCCCAAGGAUAUCUAGGAUUGUUCUCACUGCUCUGCAGGUUAUCAGGUAGAACUGAUUUCAAGUGAUAGUGUGAAAGUAAGAAUUCAAUGAAGGCUGCAUUCAAUCUUCAGUUAAAACCCCUGUGCCCAGCUAUUCCAUUAUAUGCAUGUUACACAAGCAAGGAUUUGGCACAGACAUCCUAUUUCAUGGCUACCAACAGUCUUCACCUUACUACAUUCUGUCUUCAGUACAAGCCUACAGUGAUAGCAUGUGUGUGCAUUCACUUGGCCUGCAAGUGGUCCAACUGGGAGAUUCCAGUAUCAACUGAUGGAAAACACUGGUGGGAAUAUGUAGAUCCUUCGGUUACCCUAGAAUUACUAGAUGAGCUAACUCAUGAGUUCCUGCAAAUACUGGAGAAAACGCCUAGCAGGCUCAAAAGAAUUAGAAAUUGGCAGGCUAAUCAGGCUGCCAAGAAACCUAAAGGUGAAGGACAGGUGUCCGAGAACUCACUUCUUGGUUCAUCUUUGGUCCAGAAUUCCAUUUUGGUGGAUACAGUUACUGGUGUAGCUGCAAACACAAGUUUCCAAAAACCAUCGACAUCAUUUCCUGCACCGGUACCUCUGACCUCAGGAAGUAUUUCUGUUCCAGACAGUCAUGCACCUGAAAAUUUGGCAAUAUUAGCUACAGGAAUGCCAAGUACCUCAUACAGUUUGGCAUCACACCAGGAAUGGCCUCAGCAUCAAGAGCAAACAAGGACAGAACAAAUAUACUCUCAAAAACAGGAGACGUUACCUGCUGGUCAGUACAACAUGAACUUCCAACCAGGGACGUCUGUACAGUUGCACUCUGGAGUACAUCACAGACCUGACAAGCUUGCUGAGCAUUCUGCUGUCAAACAAGAAUAUUCUCAUAAGUCAGGAAACAAACACCAUGGACAAGUCGCUGCUCCUGUCAUAAUUCCACAAAAAAUGUCUCUGGAUAAAUACAGAGAGAAGCGCAAACUAGAAACCCUCGAACUGGACAUGAGAGAACACUAUGUAGCAACCCCAGGCGAACAGCAGCACAAAAAACACGUGCAGCCACAGCCAGCCAGCAGUUCUUCUGUUACGUCUCCUAUUAAAAUGAAAAUUCCUAUCGCAAACGCAGAAAAGCCUGAAAAACACUUUUCUGAUAAGAAAGAAAAGGGUGGCUCGCUCAAACUCCGUAUACCGAUCCCACCCACAGAAAAGGGUGCCAGUAAGGAGGAGCUGAAAAUGAAAAUUAAAGUUUCUUCCUCGGAAAGGCAUAGCUCAUCGGACGAGGGUAGCGGAAAAAGUAAACAUUCAAGUCCCCACGUUAGCAAAGAGCAUAAGGAGAAACACAAAGAACACUCUUUAAACCGCCACCACAGUACUGGGCAUAAGCACUCCCAUUCACACAGUGGUGGCAGCAGUAGUGGCGGCAGUAAGCAUAGCACUGACGGAGUAGCACCGACUGUUUUGAGGAGUCCUGUUGGCCUGAGUAGCGAUGGCAAUUCCUCUAGUUCCGGCUCUUCAAGAAAGAAGUUGCACAGCAAUGAUGCUUCUCACAACCACCACUCCAAAAUGAGCAAAAGUUCCAAAAGUUCAGGUAGUUCAUCUAGUUCUUCCUCUGUUAAGCAGUAUGUAUCCUCUCACAACUCUGUUUUUAACCUUCCCUUACCCCCUCCUCCCCCUGUCACAUACCAGGUGGGCUACGGACAUCUCAGCACCCUCGUGAAACUGGACAAGAAACCAGUGGAGAACGGUCCUGAUGCCAAUCACCAGUACAGUACAAACAGCCAGCAUAUGGACUACAAAGAUACAUUCGACAUGCUGGAUUCGCUGUUAAGUGCCCAAGGAAUGAACAUGUAGUCAAUUCUUAGGUUGUUUUUCUUUACUUUUUUUAAUUUAAGAAUUGUUAGAAUGGAAAACUUCCUAAUGUAGCAGUAGCAAUGCCAGCUGUUGCUGCUGUCGUUUCGGUAUAUGUAAGUGCUGCUUUAUCCUUCACUCUGAAAAGAAGAGGUAUAGUAAACAAGUCUUUAUCUCCACAUACGAUAGUGUUAUAAAUACUGUAAUAGCAUGGAAGGUGCAAAAAAUCUCAGUAUUUCUACAACUGCAGCUAAGAACAGUAGAAUGAACGUCUGCUUUUAGGUGUAUAGGAUGCCUCAAGCAUUGAUUAUUUAUAAUUUUGAGUACUGCAGCCACAACUUUUUGUUGCGUAGUUCUUGAAUGAGUGUCAUUGUUUUCUUGUGUAUUUAUACUGUAUGUAUGAUUUGCAUGUUUCAAAGAUAAAGGGAUUAAAAACAGUAUACUGAAACUGUUUACAAGAAAGUGGAGAAAAAUGUACAUACAUUUUUGUAUGUUUAGAUAUACCGUAAAUACUCAGGAUUGGAGCUGCUUGUAAGUAUAACAAAAUACACAUAACUUUAUUUUAUCUUGCCAGAGUCCAUCAGUUAUCCAAACAAAGAUGGCACUUUGUCUUGUUUAUCUUUAAACUGUAGGCCUUAUUGGAAGCCGCUUAAAAGGGACACUUCACUAGAGAAGGACCAUGUAGGGUCAGCACCGCACAGUAUUACCAGAGAGGCAGGAAAUCGGGUAGGCCUCUGCUCGCUCGUUACGGCCAGACCUCAGACAUGUCCCUUGCUUUCUGAAGGAAAAAGGAAUUCAAAUAAAAGUUUACAUAAUCUUUUGAUGUGAAGUGCAUUUAAACGUUUAUUGGCUUGAUGCAGUAAAUUAGACACAGAGCUGUUAAUAAUGGUUAUGUAGAUUCAUGCGACUUAACUGCAGUUCAUAACCGGCAUUGUGAAAAAAAUAAUUUUUUUUUAAAAAAAAAGGUCAUAAUUUAUUUUAAUAGCAAACAGGGUCACUGUUUCCAUUACCAUUUCGGAAUAAUACCCGUGUUCUUAAAUACAAUAACUGUACUUGUGUGUGAUGCCACAUUUCUUUUACAGGUGAAUGCAGUCUUCAUAGUAAAUAAGAAUAAAACUAUCAAUAUCCCAACAAUAAAAUAGUUACCAUUGCUGCUGCGCAUUGUACUUGUGAUUAGUUAACAAAUUGGAAGACACUUGUUCUGUUUUUUCAGCUCUGUGGGGGUUUAAAUAAAAGGAAAUCAAUCUCCCAGUUAAACCACUAGCAUCCAUUUUAUCUGCCCGCAUGUGUCAGUGCGAUGGCUUGUGCGCUCUUUCCAGGGUGUUUCGCUCUUUGGAAGAAAUGACAGGUGUGAAUGUCCUUGUUUUUUUCAAAGCCAAUACUACAGCUCAGUCGGCUGGCUAGCAGCGAACUGGCUGUCUGGGUUGUUACUCAAAACUAUUCAUAAGCUAUGAAGUACCUCAACACGAACUCAGUAUGUAGUAGCAACGGCCGGUUUUCAGUGACUUCUCUUAACUUGGAAGUGACCACGAUGUGAAGUAAACUUUUGCUAAGCCACCUCAUUCCCUUAGUGCUCGUGUCAUUCUGUAAGUCUCAGAUGUCACAGCUGGAGCUUUGCCCUUUCAGUUAACAUCACUCACGUGUGCUUUAAAUGAUAAAACUGUUCAAUAUCUACUCGGUCGGUAGUUGCUGUAUUAUGUAACUACAGGUAUAUCAAUUACUAUGUAAUACUCUGUUUCCAGUAAUGCAAACGCUUGUAAUUACUUGAAUAAGUUUUAUUUGAACUAUGGAUACUUUUUUUACACUUAAGGAAUAUUUAAAUGGAAACCUGAUCGCAUUUUCUGCUAAUCUUGGCUUAAAUCUUGGCCCGUGUACAAAACCCAAAGCUGUCUUAUCCCUACCAACAUGGUUAUUUUUCUACAUUUGGAAUGUAACUUCUUGUUACGUAACUUCUGCAUUGUUGAAUAUUUUCUCUCCUUUUAUAGGCCGUUCCCUUUCCAUCUCAGCGCUACUUUUGUGUCUGAUUUUUAUUAAAUGUAAUCCGUGUUACAUACUGUCCUAAACUAUAGUAUGGGUAGACGGAUGAAAUAGCAGUGAAUUGUCUUCUAUUUUUCUUUGAAGCACUACAGUACUUUCUUUUUGAGUCUGUUUUAAAUAGUUGUGCCAUGAAAUGCGUCUUAUACAGCCACUCUGGAUAAGCAAUAUAUUGUACUGUAAAUAUAGUAAUUGCUGUCGUAACUUGGCGUUACAAUGUCUGGAUGGUAACUAGUGCCUGUCUAAUCUAAAUUGGAAAAGAGCGUAGGCCUUCAUCCUAAGGUGCUGUUUCAAAAGAAAUAUUUCCUGUUUUGAUUCCGGGAAAUUGUGAAAUACCAUGGAUAAAAUGUUGCUAUGCUACAUUGAGAUCCAAACUGAUUUAUUUUUUUUUGUUUCUUUGUAAAGGAUGUCCAUAAAACUCAUUGGGUUUGGUUUUCAAUGUGAUUGUAAAUGUGUGAAAUUGUAUGUGUCUUUGUGUCUGUGCUAGUAGGGGCUGAGAGGGAGGGAGAGGAUAUGCAACAAGAUGCCACUAGUUUUCCCUGACUGAAACCCACUGCAAAUUAGUGUGUGAAUUGCAGCCUGGCUGAGGUGUUAGAAAUAAAUGAAAAUUAAUAGAAUCGGCAUCAGCCUCACAAGUGAAUGACUGAAUAAAUGCAAUAAAAGGCUAAUAGGCAACACUAUUACUCUGUUCAUCACUUUGAUUACAGACUUUUUUGUUAUAAAUUUGAGUACGUGCAUUCUGUAAUUUGUAAAAUGACGCCGUAGUGGAGACCUUGCUACAUCACUAUUAAAAAUCUUCCCUUUUUGUGAGAUAUGAGGUUUGUAGAAUAGAGAGAUUCUUUCGUAUGUUGAAUCUUAAUCUGUCGCUAAUGGUGGGAGUGCUGAAGUAAUGUAUCUCACUGUGAUCUGGUACUUCGGUAUUUGCAUAAAAUGGCAGUUCUGUAUAUUCUUUUGGCUAACUGUAAAUAUAAAUGUUUCAUAUUAGCAUAGCUGAAUUUUUGAGGUACAGCCGUUUGUGUGAGAUUAGAAAAAACAACUUUAUUUCUAAGAACUUGUAAAGAAAAAGUAUUUUCAAUAAAAUUCCCUACCUCA